AUGGCGGCUACAGCACAAUCUGGCCAGGGCCAGGGUCAUCUGGCCGACAACCUUGAGAAGCAAUUGAACGAGAUUAUGGUGCAGAUGGGCAGGAUCUUUCAAGCCCCUAACCAGCACCCAGAGCGCGCAGAGCAGAUCGUUUUGAACGCCAAGAAGAAGAUGGGAGAAGCUACCGACAGCUUUCACUCGACCCUAGAUGAGAUGGAGAUAGAAAUAACACGCGCCAAAGCCGUCUUCAUGCGAGACCUACAGAAGCUGCAGGAUAAACAGAAGGCUGCUGUCCCUAGUCAAGCUCAACCUCCUGCGCCCAUGGUCAUUGAUCUUGACCCUCCCAAGGCUGAGCAAGCAUCCGUGCCGGUUGCCCCUAUGAUGGCCUCGGUGUCGCCGUUCAUGCAAAAUCGACCAAACCCCAAAGUACCGGAAGUCACGCCAGUCGCCCCCUUCCCAGACAUGGGCAUGGGCAUGGGCACGAGCACUCCCACCAACGCCGCAACCGUGCCUUUUCAUCCUGUCAAGCCCACCGAGCAGAAGCGCCCGUCUCCAAAGCCAGCACCGAAAUCAGGCCCGCCCUCUGGACGUCUAGCGACCAAGCCAUCCCCUCUGAUCAACUCCCAGAAACAGAAAGUUCCUGCCACUGUACCCCCGGCCGCGUCUGCUGUGGUCCCACCCCCAGCCGCGCCUCAGCAAGCACCAAACCCACCACCUGCUAGCAACCCCUUCACCAACGCAACCUUCACCCUCGACCCGGUCAACAACGAACCUCAGGUGCAGACGGGUGGCCAGGAUACCGCCAUGGAUUUGACGGGCUUUGACACUACGUCAGGCGGCCUUGACAAUCUGGACUUGGGAGGGCCCAUUCCUGGCGGAAACACAGAGCCUGUCACCAAUAACAACAACGUUGGGAACGACACCAGUAUGGACGACCUGGACCAUUUCUUUGACCUAGGUGAGGAGUCUACUACGAACUUUGAUGACAACUUCAACAGCAUGAACGAAUUCAUGAACGAUGACUUUGCCUUCGACACGUUUGAGUGA